GCGCACGACGUGCGCGCGCCCUCUCCCUCGUCCACCGCUGCCGCCUCCUUCUUCUGCCGCUCCUGGAGCUGCUUGUGUGCUCGUUCGGUGCGGACCUGGUACCUCUUUUGUGAAGCGGCAGCUGAGGAGACUCCGGCGCUCGCCAUGGCCGACGAAAAGCCCAAGGAAGGAGUCAAGACUGAGAACAACGAUCAUAUUAACUUGAAGGUGGCGGGGCAGGAUGGUUCUGUGGUGCAGUUUAAGAUUAAGAGGCAUACACCACUUAGUAAACUAAUGAAAGCAUAUUGUGAACGACAGGGUUUGUCGAUGAGGCAGAUCAGAUUCCGAUUUGACGGGCAGCCAAUUAAUGAAACAGACACACCUGCACAGGUUUGUUUAAAUUGUUAAGCCUGUCCUUGCUUGAAUUUGUGAACUUUCUACCUCCUGCCUCUGCUUCCCCAAUACAAUCCUUGGGAUUAUAGGCAAGUAGCCACCACACCCAACUAGAAGAACUAGAGUUAAGAAUAUUUUAAUAUUUAAUAUUACCUCUACUUUUAGUCUAUUUGUAUCUACUUAGAACGAGCUUCCUUUCUUGUCUUAAGGUAUCCAAGGGUACUAUUUUAUUUUAAAAAAUAUCACUAUUUAGCUGGGUGCUGUGGUGUUUUCCUGUAAUCCCAGAAAGUCCUAAUGCUGAGGCAGGAGGGUCACAAGUUCUGGGCCAACCUGAACAAUUUAGUUAGACCCUGCCUCAAAAAUUUAAAAAAGGGCUGGGGAGGUAGAGCACCCCUGGUUUCAGUCCCCAGUUCUGAGGGGCAGGGUGAUCAGUUUUUAGAAGGAAUGGUUUAAAAGUUAAUUUGCAGCAUAGUAAACAAUUAAAAAGCUGCUUGACUUUACAGUGUUUCAAUAUGUGCUAAGACCUUCCUAUCACCAUGGUUGUUUUACAGAUAGUGUGUGAAUAGUAAAUCUUGGUAACUAAAUUUUUGAAUAUAAUUUGGAAUUUUAAAUUGUUUUUUCUAUAUAAAUAAAUUUGCAUGAUAAAGUGAACUCUUAUUGCCUAUUAUCUACACUCAUUUUUAUAAACUCAUAAAAACAAUCUAAUCAUACUAUAAGCUAUUAAUCUGCUUAGUUUUUAAAUUUUAUUUUUAGUCUUAUCUUUGGGAUAUAAAUGUAUCAUGUUUUAUUUCUUUGAGUUUCUAUUGACAAGUUAUUCCCCAUCUUUUCUGAUCUAAAUAUUGCAGUAAGGUCCAGUGGACAUAUCUAGCUUUUUUAACUUAAAAACGAAGAUUUCUGUGACAUUCAUUUAAAAAGGAGGCCAAGUGAAAAAUUACUUAAAUCAAAUUUGAUGCCUGAUUAAUCCAUGACAUCUAAAUUAAUCAGUGGUCUUAAAUUUGUUUUUCUGUUUU